GUACACAGAAAUACUAGUAUGGACUUGUUUCCAAGGAAAUAUAAGACACCAGGCAACACAUUUGGAUGUUUACGGGGGAUGAUGGAUAACCACAAGAGUCACGUACCCUGUCAGUCGUGGGCCGGCCAGCAUGGCUGGUCCUCUACUUCAACUCAAGGACCCCUCCUCGACACUCUGCCCAGCUCUCAGCAUCAACACCUGGGCUCAUCGUCUGACCAGAGGCCCUUCUACCAGCACCAGCAGGAGUCAGAUCAGAGUUGUAUGAGAGACCCCGGCACCAUAUUAUCCGGAAACACCACUCACCACUCAGCUCUGUACAAAGCCUCUCACAUCAGCAGCAAUCCGUCAUCAAACACGCUGUUUGCCAACACUGCCACCCCGAGUUCCUCUCACAUGAAUCCCUUUGCCCAGCAAAACCCUCACACCUCACCAAUGCUGCUCAGGGCAAACCAAGGAAAAAACAUCCUCCUACCAUCUCUCCAAACAAACCAAUCUCCACAGCCUUGCGGGCCCCAACAUCCACCGCUGCUAUCCCCCCACGAUCUUUACAAAGCACCAUUUCAACCUCUAUUAACCAAUCAGGGUUUACCCGACGGACUUUUGCCCAUUAGCCUGCCACCAUGUGGACAACAUGAGCAGCGUCAGUGGAUACCUUCGUCAAACUGCAUGGGAGCUGUACACGAGUCAGUCCCUGGCGCUGCUCUCCCUAACAACGUGCCAUCGCAAGAGGGAAACAUGAGCUCACCGGCCAGCUAUGAGAGACAACGUUCGGUGCUUUUGCAACAGCGGGCACAACUUCUUCACCAAGUGGCACAGUUGGAUAAACUUCUGGAAUCCAUAAACCCAGAGGACGGCAGUGGUGGGCAGUCUCCACAUGCAGUUAUUCAGCCUCCACCACCAAUGCAAAAAUCAUCUCAAUUUGAACAAACUAAGACCAGCGGUGCACAGCAGGUUCAACUGCAGUCAAAGCCGCAUAUAUCAACGGAUUGUUCAUCGCCUGCAUCCCAUGAAGAGCCAAUGUCAUCUAAUGCCAAAUCAGAGGAAAACGAGUCAGCUGAGUCAGAGGUUGACAGUGACUCUGAUUACUUGCCUGAUAGUGAUGCUGACUUCUUUGAUUCCCCAUUCCACUCUGAAGGGAGCUCUUCAGAUGAAUUCAGUCACAUCAAACCCUCGACCCCCACAAACAAAAAACCUUCUCUGACAGAAAAAAAAGAAGAUGAAUCAGAAAGUUCUAUGUCCGAGGACAACACUGACAGUGCCCCAAAACAGACUCCUGCAAUUACUCAGAAAGAAAAGUCUUCUGACACUGUAGUGUUGCCAUGUUCAAGUUCUAAAGGAAGACGUGUCUAUGACAAGAGGAAUUAUUGUUUAUACUGUGCUAAGCCAGUAUUUAAAUUGUCACGACAUCUUGAAAGGAACCACAGUGACAAAAAAGAAGUCGCAGCUGCAUUUCAAUACCCCACAAAAUCAAAAGAAAGACAAAGGAUAUGGAACAGAUUAACAAAUCUAGGAAACUUUGCUCAUAAUAAGGAUGUCUUGAAAUCAGGAAAGGGCCAACUUGCUGUCCGAAAAAGGCCGAGCCACACAAAAAAAGCCAAAGACUUUCUCCAUUGCCUUCACUGUCGAGGUCUUUUUUUAAAGAAACCUAUGUACAGACACAUGAAAGUUUGCCCAGAGAGAGUGAAGAACGAGACUGUGUUUGGAAGAAAGAAUAUCGCAUCUCGGUGUGCACUUCAAACUUUAGGAGACCUUAGCAUUACUGAUGGUUUUAGGAACAUUCUGUCCGAAAUGAUAUACGACGAUGUGACGCAAACUGCCAUGGAAGACGAAGUUCUCUUGCAGUUUGGCGAGCUCAUGUUCACUCAUCACGGAACUGAUCCGAAAAAACACGAGUAUAUAAGACAAUACCUUCGACAGUUAGCAAGACUUGUACUAGAAGCUAAAAAAAUCACCCCUCUGGAGAAACUGAAGGACUUUUUUCUUCCUUCGUGCUUCCCACAUGUGGUGUCUGCGGUAAAACGUCGUGGCAGGCUACAAUGCGGAAAACAAAACAUACAGCAAUCCUUCACUUGCCAUCAAGCUUGGCUACCACCUACAGAAGGCUUGUGGUAUUGUUGAGGGGAACGCAGUAAAGUCUGGUGAUGAGAGAUCAGCAGAGUCCGCGAGAAACUUCCUCUCUCUGUACAAGAGAAAAUGGAACAAGCAUAUUUCUGCAGGUGCAUUAACAGCCAUCAAGAAAACCAAACUGAAAAGGGCAAAGAAGGUGCCGUUUGCUCAAGAUGUGAUGCGCCUGAAUAUCCACGUGGAGAAUGUUCAUCUUCUUGCUGAAAAAAAACUCAGAGAAAGCCCUUGUACAGAAAACUAUGCUGCUUUGGCCAAUGUAAUACUCUCCCGUACAAUAUUUUUCAACAGGAGAAGUGUUUUAGAGGUAUCGUCAGUGGAACUAACAGCUUUUGAGUCGCGUCAAAAGUCAAACUUGCAAGACGGCAUGGACAUAUCCGUUACCGAUUUGGAAAGAAAAAUGUGCAGGUUCUUUGUCAGAAUCGACAUACAAGGGAAGUGCGGCAGAACGGUUCCAGUUUUACUCAAACCAUCACUUGAGUCAGCUAUAGAGCUUCUCGUAAAGGUACGCGAGACAUGUGGAGUCCCCAGUCAGAAUCCUUACCUGUUUGGCCGACCCAAUGCUCUGACUGCCUACGCCGGGGCACAGUGCAUCCAGAAAUACGUCAAAGAAUGUGGCGCUAAAGACCCUGCAGCUCUGACAUCCACAAAGAUCCGGAAGCAUUACGGGAAAAUGCUACAGCUGAUGAACCUGAAUGAAGAUGAGGCCGACCAGAUUUUAGGCCCCAACAAUCAAGUCCGCAGCCUUGGACAACAGCUGGAUGACGUUGAAAUCCAUUCAGAUGAGAGAGGACAACAAGCUGCAUCAUGGGAUUACAAUGAGCCUUCCGGUGCAGGCUGUGAGCCAACAAGCACCAACGUGACUGUAACUUCAAAAUAUUUCGAAUCGGACAAAAAAGGAUCCAAAAUUAAGGGUAAACAUAAAUGGGAGGAAGCAGAGGUUCUUGCUGUUGAAAGACACAUGAUGCGGUUAAUUAAAGAGCACAAGGUGCCUCAGAAGGACGAAUGUGUUCAGUGUCUGGAAGCUGAGCCAGUACUGAGGACCCGUUCAUGGAAAGGUGUAAAAGACUACGUCAGAAACAGGAUCACUGCCCUAAAAAGGACCCCAAAACAGUAACUGAUCUAGGCAAGUAGAACCACAGCAAAGUAUUGGACAUUUUCAACCUUUAGAAGUGGGUUAUUUGGUCAAUGGCCAAAUCAAGCAAUUUUGUUCCUGUUCCAUUUGCUUAUCCCUGCCACCCUCUGUUCCUCUUUGGUUUGUAUGUGUUCAGCCACCAUCGGCAUGACAUGGUGAGCGUUUACAUCGGUUAGGAUGACCAAGAAUAGAUUUACAUUUCUAUUUUUUCUAUUUUUGUUAAUUGUAAUUCUCUUACUUUGUAUCAUUAUAGGUUGUCAUGUGUUCUGUUUCAUGUUAUUAAGUUCAUUUGGAAAGAGACAGAUCAUGGAUAUUGACAAAUAAGGAAAAUAAUGAGCUGGUUAGUAAGUUAACUUCGGUGACCAGGUUAUCUUGUAUACUGUAUUUUGUUAUUCUCUUUGGUAUGCUGGUAUACUGUAUUUUGUCAACUGUGCAUAUCAACCUUUCAAUAAACUAAAGUUUAUGUGUGAAAAAA